AUGUCUCUGUCACAGCUGGACGUGGUGAAGUCGAUGUACGAUGAGCGGAGCGAGCAGUACGACGAGAACGACGUCCACGUGCGUCAGGCGCAGGACUACAUCACCUGGGCGGAUCUGAAGGAAGGCGAGAACCUACUCGACCUGGCCUGCGGGACUGGCCUUGUGGCCAUCGGCGCCAAGCAGGUGGUCGGCACGUCAGGGCGCGUUGUCGGCAUCGACAUCAGCGAAGGAAUGUUGAAUGUCGCACGACGCAAAGCCCAAGCCGCAGGGUUCGAUAUUGCUUUUUUCAAUCACGACGUCGGCGACCUCACUGGCCUGGACAUCGUGCCAAAGGGCUCGGACGGCUUCUUCGACGUGGUCACCUGCGCUUCGGCACUGAUCCUCCUCCCCGACCCGCUCCGGGCCGUCAAAAAUUGGAAAUCGGUGCUCAGGCCCGGUGGGCGCCUCAUCACCGACGUGCAGACCAAGGACGCAAAUCUGGUCAUGAACAUCUUUUCGGCCAUCGCCCCGCACGUCGGCGAGACCGUGCCCUGGCACUCGCAUCUGUGGCAGUCUCAGCAAGCCCUGGCGGCUCUGAUGGUUGACGCAGGGUUCCAUGUCGAGAAGAUCUUCGAGACCGAAGCCUACGCGAGGGCACAGUAUCAUCUCGACGCGGCGCAGGAACUUUUCGACAAAGCUGUCGGCAAGGCCAUGUACAAGGACUUUGGUCGCGCCGAGAUCCGCGAGAAGGCCAAAGAAUUGUUUGUGCGGAAAUUCGCAGAGAUUGGAGAGACAAUUGAGGAAGAGACAAAGUACUGGGUCAUUGUGGCCACGAAUCCGAAAUGA